GGCGUCUCGGGUGAGCUAACGGGUUCGCGGACCCGACUGGAGGGCUACGCGGUGGUGGAGGGCUCGGAAAGAAGUGCGAGUGCCCUUGAGUCGUGCGAUUUCGCUCCUUCCGCGCCCCGCCGCGGAGCGACCUCCCUCCUUCCGCGCCCUCAGCGCCGGCGGAGUGGUUAAAGUGAGCAAUGGCCAGUAAUCACAAACCUUCAGCAGCUCGCCCUGUUUCUCGAGGUGGGAUUGGAUUGACAGGAAGGCCUCCUUCUGGAAUACGACCCCCAUCAGGAAAUAUUCGAGUGGCAACUGGAAUGCCACCUGGAACAGCAAGACUGGGCUCUCGUGGUGGUCCCAUAGGGACAGUAGGAGUUCUGUCCUCUCAAAUCAAAGUUGCUGAUCGUCCUGUGACACAACAAGGUUUGAGUGGAAUGAAAACUGGGAUGAAAGGUCCCCAGAGGCAAAUUUUAGACAAAUCUUAUUAUCUUGGGCUUCUUCGAAGUAAAAUAAGUGAACUUACAACAGAAAUCAAUAAACUUCAGAAAGAAAUAGAAAUGUACAAUCAAGAGAAUUCAGUAUAUUUGUCAUAUGAAAAGAGAGCUGAGACUUUAGCUGUUGAAAUCAAAGAGUUUCAAGGACAACUAGCAGACUACAACAUGUUGGUAGAUAAACUUAAUACCAAUACUGAAAUGGAAGAAGUAAUGAAUGAUUACAACAUGCUUAAAGCUCAAAAUGAUCGAGAAACACAAAGUAUGGAUAUUAUAUUUACUGAAAGACAAGCGAAGGAAAAACAAAUUAGAAGUGUAGAAGAAGAAACUGAACAGGAAAAACAGGCAGCAGAGGGCAUUAUCAAAAAUAUGCCUCCUGAAAAACAAGUCAAGUAUAUAGAAAUGAAAACCAUGAAUGAGAAAUUGUUGCAGGAAUUAGAUACACUUCAGCAACAGCUAGAUUCACUGAACAUGAAAAAAGAGAGCUUGGAAUCUGAAAUAGCACACUCCCAGGUAAAACAGGAGGCUGUAUUGUUGCAUGAAAAACUUUAUGAGUUGGAGUCCCAUCGAGAUCAAAUGAUUGCAGAAGACAAAAGCAUGGGAUCCCCAAUGGAAGAGAGAGAGAGAUUACUUAAGCAGGUUAAAGAAGAUAAUCAGGAAAUAGCCAGCAUGGAGCGACAGUUAACAGAUAUAAAAGAAAAAAUAAAUCAGCUUAAUGAAGAAAUUAGACAACUUGACAUGGAUUUAGAAGAACACCAAGGUGAAAUGAAUCAGAAGUACAAGGAGCUAAAAAAAAGGGAGGAAAAUAUGGAUACCUUUAUUGAGACUUUUGAGGAAACUAAGAACCAGGAACUGGAAAGGAAGGCACAGAUAGAAGCCAACAUUGUUGCACUCUUGGAGCACUGUAGUCGAAAUAUAAAUCGUAUGAAACAGAUAUCCUCUAUCACCAAUCAAGAGCUGAAGAUGAUGCAGGAUGAUCUCAAUUUUAAAUCCUCUGAAAUGCAGAAAUCACAAAGUACGGCUAGGAAUCUGACUUCAGUGCUUUUGCUAUUUAAAAUGGCUCCCAAGUAUAGUGCUGAAGUGUUGGCUAGCGUUCCUCAGCGCAAGGCUGUGAUGUGCCUUACAGAGAAAAUAUGUCAGUCAGAUAGUCAUCGUCUACAGUUGGAUCUACAAAAAAUGGAGCUACUGGAAAGUAAAAUGACUGAGGAACAACAGUCUCUAAAAAGCAAAAUUAAGCAAAUGAUAACUGAUCUGGAAACAUAUAAUGAUUUGCCAGCUUUAAAAUCAUCAGGUGAAGAAAAGAAAAAGAAAUUGCAUCAGGAGAGAACAGUAUUAUCAACCCGCAGAAAUGCCUUUAAAAAAAUAAUUCAGAGACUAAACACAGAAUAUGAGACACUAAAAACACAAUUGCAAGAAAACGAGACACAUUCUCAGCUUACAAAUUUGGAGAGGAAGUGGCAACACCAUGAGCAAAAUAAUUUUGUGAUGAAAGAAUUCAUAGCAACCAAGAGUCAAGAGAGUGAUUACCGGCCAGUUAUGAAGAAUGUGACCAAGCAGAUUGCAGAGUAUAAUAAAACCAUCAUGGAUGCUCUACAUAGCAUGAGCAGAAACUGAGUCUGAACCAACUACAAGUCUCUAUAGAAAUAUCCUCUUGCUGCUAAACUUCAUACAUGCCGGAUGAAAAAUAAUAGCUUACCCUUGAAGAGUUUUACCUAAAAUUUUUGAAUGUUACAAUUUUUGUGGCCUCUUUGAAGUGUGAAAUUUUAAAUAGUAUAAUAGUUUAAUAAAUAGUUUACU